UCUGCGAAAUCUUUCGUUCGCCUUAGUCCAAUUUCUCCUUAUUUAACUCGCACUGCUUCACCUACUUUCACUUCAAUUUACCUUUUCUCUGCCAUUUCUUCCCCUGUUUUAAGGUUCUUCUUCAUAAAUAAGCAAUAGCCAUUUCAUAUUUUGUUGCGUUGGAAGUGAACUUUUGGUGUUUCAGAUGGAGAACAAUCAGCAAUCGUUUUGGCGGUUCAGCGACCAACUCAGACUUCAAACGUCUAACUUGGCUAAUCUGUCGCUCAAUGAUUCGAUUUGGAGCAAUAAUUAUUUGUCCAAGAGGCCGGAUGAGAGGAGGAAUUUCGAUAUAAGAGUCGGUGGUGAAUUAAAUUCACUCAACAGUAGUUUGAAGCCAACCAAAGGAUCCGAUUUUAACGGGUUCAACGGUUUUGGUUUGGGUCCGAUUGGCCCACUUGUCGGCGACGGCUCUCACAAGAACGUUGGGAUCAAUGGAGGAUUCAACAAAGGAAUUUAUUCGAACCCGGGAAAUUUUGGUGUUACUAACAACAAGUAUAUGAAUGGUAAUUUGAAGGGGAAACAAAAUAAAGAAGAAAAUGAAAAUGGAGGCAAGGGCGGCAAGAAGAACAGCUACAGGAAGAAUCAGAACAAAAAUGGUGAUAAUAAUAAUGAAACCAAGGAGAAAAGUGCAGCUGAUAAGAGGUUUAAGACACUGCCACCAUCUGAAGCUUUGCCCAGAAAUGAAACCAUUGGUGGGUAUAUAUUUGUCUGCAACAACGACACCAUGGCCGAAAAUCUCAAGAGAGAGCUCUUUGGUUUGCCACCACGUUACCGCGAUUCAGUGCGAGCUGUAACCCCAGGCUUGCCCCUUUUCCUCUACAACUACACCACCCACCAACUCCAUGGAGUUUUUGAGGCUGCGAGUUUCGGUGGAACAAACAUUGAUCCAACAGCCUGGGAGGACAAAAAAUGCCCUGGCGAAUCUCGCUUCCCAGCUCAGGUCCGAGUUUUCAAGAGAAAAAAUUGUGUGCCAUUGGAGGAGGAUUCCUUCAGGCCAAUUCUCCAUCACUAUGAUGGCCCCAAGUUUCGCCUUGAGCUUAGUGUGCCAGAGGCUCUUUCACUCUUGGACAUAUUCGAGGAGCAAGACCCUGAAGCAGUCAACCAAAACCAAGCAAUCCUCUACUGAUACAGAUACACCAGUUAGGUAGAAAUGGAGUCCACUAAAACGAUACAGAAAGAAUAAAUUGAGUGCCUUUUGAUGUAAAACUUUUUCUUGAGGCUGUUUUGGGUUUGGAAUGAUAGAAAUAUGCAUUUGUUUAUUCUGUGUAAGCUUAAGAUAUGAACCAUGAAAGCAAAAUAAGAAGUUCAGUCAUGUUAAUAAUCGGAGUUUCUGAGUCUCCUCUUUAAGACUUGAAAACAGACCUUUCGUCUGUAGUUCUGAACUGAAAAUUGAGUACCCUUUUUAUUAA